CAGUGCGAUUACAACUUAUGUGUUUAAACCUCCUCGCAGCAGCUACUUCCGGUGUUGACAUCAGGAUCCUGCACUGUGACAAUGGAAGCUAUUUUGUUUGCUGUUCUGUAACGUCACAUGUAUGAAGAAACAAGCCGAUCAUUGGAGCAAGAGGAAUCCUUUCUACCAGGAUUAGCAGAAAAUAUCUAACAAUGCCGAUGACUAGGGAAAGCUCAAAAUAUUCAAAUGGAAAGAAUCCUUUUGAUUAUGACGAUAUUGCAAUUUACUUCACCAAAGAGGAAUGGGAUUGUUUAAAAGAAGAAGACAGAAAAUUAUACAAAGAGGUGAUGAUGGAGAAUUACCAGACACUCCAAAUCCUUGGUUAUGCCAAUAUGAAGCCGGUGGUCAUAUCUCACAUUGAGCAAGGAGAGGAACCGUGCAUUAAAGAUUACCCUACCCCUGAUGAAAAUCUGUUUGGGUUGAACUCCGGAAUAGCAGAUUCCUCCAAAGCAAGCAAGCGCGGAACAGCACAAUCAGGAAGAGCGGUUAGGUUUACAUUUGAGGAGAAUACAGCACUGGUCACAAAAGUCAUCAAGUAUUACAAUUCAAUUACUGGUGUGUCGGCUUCUAAAAUCUCCUCCUCCAAGAAGAAGGCCAUUUGGAAGAUCAUUGUUGAUGCUGUUAAUGCAGUCGGAGGGCAUGGGCGUUCCAUGAAAGUCUGUAAGAAGAGGUACCAUGACAUUAAGAGACAUCUGAAGAGGAAGUUGUCCAGAGCUUCAAAACAAACCCGUGUAAUCGGUGGUGAGGAGCAUGACGCAGACUUGAACCCAUAUGAAGAGGAACUGAGACAGGUUCUGGGAUCUGAGAUUAUUCUUUGUGUCAAUGGAGAUGUGGAUACAGACCGAUUGCAUGCACUGAAACAACGAAGAAGAUGUGCCUACCAGAGAGCACUGGCUUCUUGGCCUACGGAAACAUCGGAAGACUCUUCUGAUUCACUCUCACUACAGAGGUCAAAUUCUUUACAACAACUGGACACGUCGUUAUCUUCUGAUGGAUCUGAUUUAUCACAGGACCUCUUAGUAGAAUUUGAGUACAACAAAGUGCAUGUUGCUGACAAGCCUGCUGAAUUUACACAAUCUUCCCUACAGCAAGAAGUCCCACUAUGCCAUAACUAUGUUACAGUUUGGGCUCCAGAAAACUCUGAAGAGGCAUUAGAUUCAUUUAAUCUAGAGUCGUCGGAUCGCUUCCAGCAGCUGGAUCUGCCAUCAACAUCCGAAGGCUCUGAUUUGUCAUUGGACCUCUUGACAGACUUCGAUGCUGACAGAUUGCCAGCCGAUGGCAAACCUGCUUCCUGGUCUGGAAAUUCAAUCAAACAAGAGGACCAAGAAGAAAUGAUUAUGCAUUUUGUAGACACAUCCUGCUCACAGAGUGCAUUCUCCACCGUACCGCAGUUACCUAACAUUCACGUUCUCGGAGAUGAGAGAGUCCCUGCGGCGGUUCUUCUAGACAAAUCUGUAGAGCAAAUCCAGCAAAUUGUGGAGCAGAUUUCCUCUCACCGGGAUUUGCCCUCAGUACGUCACAAUGAUUAUAUCAGAGCUUUAAAUGAUCUGAGACGGGAAAUUCAAGUCUUUAAUAACGAUCGAGAAAUACUGGAAACAAGACUUUUCCGCAGCCAGCUUUUGCAGUUGAAAAGAGAGAGAUUGGCCUUACAGAGGGAAAGAUUAGAGUAUCUGAAACGCAACCCAUGUCAGCAAAUUGAAACCUCAAGUGAAGAGGAAUGAAUGUUUUUCCACUUGAAUAUAGAAAUAGCAUUCAAGAGGCAACUCACAUACACUUCAUAUGAAAGGAGUGACGAUCAUUGAUACAUUUAUAGAAGUCAUCAUAAUAAUAAUCACAUUAUUACACUGCAUAUUUAAGUAAAUCAUGUGUCAGUCUGUGAUUGCCCUGCACUAUCCUUAAAAAAAAUAAAAUAAAA